UCCAACUUGAGAAGCAUUAAGAAUGUUUUGAAAAGCUUUAUUUCACAAAAUUUAAUUAAUUUUUCAGUGAAUUCUCUUUGAGUUUAUUUCGUUCGUAGUGGAUAGUAGUGAAUUUAGCAUAACUAUACAAAAUUGGUCAAAUUAAUGGGAAAAGGUUGUUCAAAAGAUGCUCAACAUACAGUACAAGACGACAGAAAGCAAGAUACAAUGGAGAAUCUUAAAAAUAGUGACUACAAGUCUCGUUUAGAGACUAAGUUAUGCUUAUCAAAAGAUAAUCCCGAGCCAAUUUAUGAUAUAUCCGAUUGUAAAUUAGAGAAAUUGCCUGUAUCGUUUGCAUUCAUCAAAGUAAUGCGAAAGGAAAUUCUAAUUCUCAGCAGAAAUCAAUUAAAAUCGUUAGCUUCUGGAGGAGAUAUAAAGGAACUUGAACUUAUAAAAGUCAUCGAUUUAAGCUACAAUAAGUUCAAGAUCAUCCCGACCGAAUUAUGUUAUCUAAAGAAUCUAAAAGAGCUAUUUAUAUCACACAACAAUUUGACUCGUCUCCCAAACAUGUUGAAUCGACUUCAACAGUUGGAAUUAUUAGAUGUUUCACACAAUGACUUGGUUGAUAUUCGUUCAAUAUCAUUUAUGCCUAAUUUGCGGAUUCUCAACAUUUCGGGUAACAAUAAACUGGAAAUUUUACCAAAAGAACUUGCAACCAAUGACAAUUUAAGCGAUUUAGUGUUUGACCAUGAAAACGUCAAGUCUCCAGCCAAGGAUAUUGUAUCAAAAGGAACCAUAAACAUACUUAAAUACUUCAGAAAUUGUGAUGACUAUUCGGAACUCAUAACUGCAACAAAUGAUUUUGAAGCUGAAGAUAAUGCAAUCAACCAACAAUCUAAAAUAACUACAAGUAGAAUAUAUGACGAUUCAAUGACAGCUACAACGAAGAAGUUCUUAAAUAAAGAAAAAGUACAAGCACACGACUUUAUGAAUAAUGAAGCGAACGAGCAAAUGUUGAAAGAACAUCAAAAGAAAAAGGAAGAAAUGCUUAAGUCAUUAUUGGAACAUCAAAAAUUAAAUGAAGAUGCUGUCAAUAAAAUUCAAUUGGAGAAAGAUGUUGAGCGACGAAAGUUAAUCGAUGAUAUUAAGGAAUACGAAGUAUCAUCAUCAGUAGUCGUUAAUGAGCUGCUUUCAUUGAAAAAAGGACCAGAUCCUGCUUUAUUAGAGCUUGAAGAUAAAGCGCGCGAUGCUUUAUUAGAGAAAGUUCAUUCAGAGCAAAGUGAACUCCGUAAAAAAGAUAUAUUGUCGGCCAUGUCUCAACUGUUGGAACAAGAACUAGACCUCAUCGACAAUUAUAAUGAAGAACGAUCGAAAUCAUCAAAAAUUUUGCUGGAAAACGAAACCAAAAAUAAUCUACUGCUCAAUGAGGUAUUUGAUGAGUACGACAAAAAUAGAAAUCAACUAGUUGAGAAGAUUAAUCAAGAUGAAGAAUGGCAAAAAUCAGCUGUUGCAACCUUAAUAACUAAAAAUGAUGCCCGAACUUGGGGAUUAAUGGAACAAAUCAAAAUUGUUGAAGCACAAAUAGCCGCGAUGACAAAUUAUGAAAUCGAUAAAAAGAAAAUCAAUCAAGAAGAAUUACUAAAUGACGUUGCUGAAAAGAGAUCUAAUUUGACCAUGAUCUUGCUUGAUUUGAUGGAUCAACAGGAAAAGAGGAAAAGUCAGCUGCUACAAACACUUUCGGAUAUGGAAGAUCAGAAGACAGAGAACGAUUUCUGGCUGCUACAAUACCAAAAAUUGAUUGAUAGAAGUGGAGUCAUGCAAAAUGCACAGGCAUCAAUUGAUCCCGUUUUGGGAUAUAAUUUUUUGCUCAAUGGUGUAAUUCAUGUAGUGCCAUUCCUGCUUAAAAUAUGGAAUCAUAAAAGUUUCGCUCUCGACAAAGUAACAAAUGAAGAUCUGCAAAAUGCUGGAAUUAAAAAUUCUACAGAUCGCGAAGGAGUUUUACGAGCAAUUCAGGAUUUCCUUGCCAAUAACAAACAUAAUAAUAAUGCAAAAACUAUCGAUGAUGAUGACAUACCUUGUUGUUCAACGGACACUACUAAUAAUGUUAAUCCACAAGUGCCCACUGCUCCCUCUCAGGAAUCUAUACCCAAAAGCCCAACAUCAAGUGCCUCGUCAUCGCACAAUACUACCACAAAUGCUGUCGAAUGUGUUAUUUGUAUGGAUGCCGUCACUCGCGUCAUUUUCCUGCCUUGUGGUCAUUUAUGUUGCUGCAUUAGCUGUUCAAGUGAUUUAACAAGCUGUCCAAUGUGUCGUGGAACAAUUGAAAGAAAAAUUAAAGUUAUACAACCUUAAACAAAACAAAAAUUAUGUGUGCGUGAUACUAGCAGAAUCUAAUGUUAUUCUACACCAAAAUUAUUACCUUUAUAUAGCUUUUCAUUACUACUUUUAUGAAAGGAGAAAGACAUUCUUUAUUUAUAUCUCUUUAUGAUGCUUCAAAUUAAUAAAUGAAGAAAAUCGUGCAAGUUUGUUCAACUUUGAUAUUUAUACGCUAUAUUAUUAUAUCAAGAAAAAAAAAAAACAAUGUUUUAAGGCAUAUUUAUAACGUGUUGGUUUUU